AUGUUACUGAAAUGCAGGGCGGCGACCUCCUGUGUAAGCAUCAACGAUGGGAAGCUCACGGUCAUCGACUCCAGUGGGGCCGAUCAGCGUCGACAGGUUGCAUGGAGCAGCGAUCCCCAGAGCCAGCGCUUGCCGCAGCUGCUGCCGCUGCGGCUGGUCGGCCAGCCUUGCAACUGGCGAUUGGAGCAAGCAGGCUUGCUGUUUUCUGCCAUACACAGCAGCUCUUUCGAAGCAGGAUCCGGCUGGCAAGGGCAUUGCCUCUGCCUACGUCUGCUUACAAGACAGGUAGAUUUUCAGAUCGUCAGUGGCAAGCUUGGUUUCGGCUGGCGGUUGUUCCCAGAGAGCUCAGUAGCUGGCCGGAUCAAGGAAUGCGGCCGAUGCCCGGACGACUGUACGGAGAUGAUCAUUGGUGGGAAGGAGGGAACAUUCGCUGAUCAGGAUGACGGUGCUGGCCUCAACUUCACGAUCAGUGGGCGGCCGCUCAAUGUGAUCACAAUCUAUGUUUGGCUCAAAGUGCGGGAAGACAAAGUUGCUGCUGCUCGAAUAGGCUACAUGGCACCAGGGAAAUACCACCCUGAGAAGGAAGAGGAAACAAAGCCAAAAGUUGCUGUUGGUGCCCGCCGUGUGCAAUAUCCGGUGCCCCAGCAGAUGACGCCUCUGGGUCCGGAGAUUCUGGAAGCCGCCGAAACCGAGGAAGAGAAGAAGGUGAAGCGAGACGGAACCACGGAGGAGCUCGGCUUUCAACCGUGCUGGGACGAGACCCGGAAUGUUUCGCGCUGCUGCCGGCCUCGUGGCUCCUUCUUUCGGGUCAGUGGAGACCUUUCGGCCCGUGCAGAAGCGUUUCUGGAAGGGUGUCAAGCACCCGCGUGGCAAAACUUUUUGUUCAAAGUCCGCAUGACUGCCGGGAACUUGUGGAUGGUGGACUCCAGAGAAACCAAAUGGUUCCAGUACUUCGGCCUUCGGAUGGCAAGGCGCAGGUCGACUGGUGCCUGUGCUGCGGGAAUGGCCAUUCACCGCGUACUCUGGGACUACUUAUCUGUGGAUGUUUCAGAAGAGUCGAUCACAGCCCUGAAUGUGCUUGCAUCCUUGGACGUGGAACUUCGAAGGUGGGGCGGCCUCUUUCCAGCUUUUGGAAUGACCCUGGAGCAGCUCCGCUUCAUCCGAUCGUUGCAGCUCCUGCAAAACCUUUACACAAACAGGCCAGUUCGUAGGAAGUUCAAAUACCAACCCUUCAACAACCGGGUAGCGGGUGCUUCGCCGAUGGCCUUUGAUUUUGGUGCUUCUGGCGGACUGGACACGGAGUUUUAUUUGUCUUCCGGCUUCAAGGUCGUUGCCAUAGAGGGGAACAUAGCUGCACUUCAGAAGCUUCGCUCGCGUUUAGUGCGUUUCGAAAACCGUCAGAACUUGACUUUAGUCCAUGCAGUGGCGGGUGCAAGCUCGGCCCCACCGACGGCAGAGUUCAAGGUUGACCACCACCAGCCAGAAAUCUCUGGGCUUUUUGACAAGAAGCCUUUCAAGGAUGGGAACGUUGAGAUAGUACCAAGGAGAGCCUGUGGAGCUUUAUACUCCCAUUUUGUGCGCCGCAGCCGUCGCAACAGACCAGAGUAUGUCAAAAUCGAUCUUGAAGGAUUGGAUGUGCCCUGCCUAGUAAGUUUGCUCCGGAAUUCAACCGCGCCGCACGAAGGGCCAGACGGCAUGCUUCGCCCCUGGGCGACGGGCAGGCGGCAGAAGUCGGUGGCUAAUUCCAGUACCAUGGCCAGACCGCCUUCCCCCAAUUUCUUGUCAAUCGAAGUGCAUCUCAGACACCCUGUCCACAUCCUGGAAGAGACGGCCAUCGAAAGAGCCAGGAUGCUUCGGAAUUUGCUGCGCGGCCGCUAUUGCGCCGCAAAGUUGUGUCGGCAGCACAUUUACAACAUUAGACAUGUUGAAGGUUUCGGGACUCUUUCCCGCUCUGGCUUGGGAUCUUCGGGCCUGUUUGGAAAUGCUGCUGUGGAUUGGAGAGCUGGGGAGGAAUGGAGGCCGUUAGAAACAGUUCUGACGGAGCUUCCACUGGCCGGCUGGCUUUCGGUUCUCGCUAUGGAGUGGUUUGACCUGCACCUGCGCCGCAGCCCUGGAGCAGAGAAACGACUGCAUCCGACGAGCGGCCUGGAGGCUUUCGUUUCUAGUUUCAUGAGGCUCCAGGAAGAGUAUGCCGCAGAAGAUGUGCAGCGUGAAAUCCUUGCGCUUCGACAGCUUUAUCCGUACCAGCAGAAGAAGAGCAUUUUGGCUUUGGAGAUGGAAGGAGAAAAGCGAAGGAUGCAGGAGCCAGACGAUGUGCAGCGCUAUGUCGAGGCAGCUCAGGCUCUGAAGCAACAGGGGUGUGAGGAUGCGCACGCGGAGGCCCCAACGAUGGAUGAGGGACUGGCUCCUGUUCCAGAUGGCCAUCAAGGGCAUCCAGAGAGAGUCGGCGAGGAAGGGCAUCCCCAAAAAGACGACGUCUGGAGCUCGGCCUGGAGUUAUCGAGUAUCGCUGACUGUCAGUGCCAAGGGCAGAACCGUCGAAGAGGAACUUCGCUUUCAUUGCCGCGCGGGCCUGGCGGCGGUGCAGCGGCAAGUUGCGCAGCACUCCUACGAAGACGGUUCCAAACCUGAAGGCUCAACGCUUGCACUGCUGCCCCAAAACCACCCCUCGGCUCUCGCCGGUGCUCUUGCAAUGUGUGCGGAGGAUGCCAUUGCUUCAGCCAUGGCCGGUGCACGAGAGGCGCACUUGGCGCAGCUGCGGAAGCAGGAAAAAAUCUUGUCCCAUGCGCUGCAGCCGCUGGAGCAGUCCGAGGAUGAAGGAGACGAGGUGGAUGCGGGUGAUGCGAAUAGGUUCAACAGUGCCCUGCAGAACUUGCCUGCCGUGAAGGCGGCUCGGGAUCGGGCCAUGCGAGCCUUGGGUCUUCCCGAAUCUCUGGCGCCAACAGCUGCGCGCAUGACUGAGCUCCUCCACGACACCGACCGCACCGCGCGGGCAGCCAACAUGCUAUCCAUGAAGCGUCUGCGGCUCAUACCCUCGCCACACCCGUCUAUCAACGGUCAGGCAGCGGAAGCUUUGCGAAGCCGCGGCGUUCUCAUGGGAAGCCCUGCCACCUGGUUCUUCGGAAUGGAGGGCAUUCAGCACCAAUUCCCGGCUGUGCUGGAGGAGCUCAGCAAGGCAGCCAAUGCCGGCGUUUUCAAUCACUGGUUUGGAGGCCCCCGAGCUGGCCGCUAUGCUGUUGUCACGGGAGAGGAGCUGUGGCAGUGGGGUAUGGUGCAUGUCUUCGAGACGCUGCAUCUCCUCCAGGACCAGCUGCAGAUGAUAUUGAAUCAGCUGGGGGAGGAAGGUCGUCGACUCCGU